ACUCCGUCAUCUUCCAAACCCUAGCAAUUCCUUACGACAGAACUCCAAUUGAAAACCCUAAAUUUUUUUUCUUUAAUAUUUUCAUCAAUGGCGAAAAAGCGAAAGCAACGAUCAUCUGAAACCCAACCCACCGAAACGACUCCGGAUCCUCAAUCAAUUCAAGAACAAGAGCAGCAACAACAGCCCCAAUAUUUACCCAAUGAAGAUCCGAACCCGAAAUUAGACGAGGAGCAGCAACUACAGGAAGUCGAAGAGGAACUAGAAUUGGAAGUAGAAGUAGAAGAAGAAGUUGAAGAAGACGAUGAUGAAGAAGAGGAUGAAGAAGACGAAGAAACUCCAAACCAAACCCUAAUCGGUUCCUCUAACGCCGCCAUUCAAAAUGGGCCCAAGAAGGGAACGGAUCAAGAAAAGGAAUUGGACGACGAGCCGUUCGAGAAACUUCUAGAGCCAUUCGGGAAAGAUCAAUUGAUUACCCUUAUCAAGAAAGCGGUUGAUAAACACCCAGAAUUUAUCUCGUCAGUUCGGGAAUUCGCGGAUGCAGACCCGGCCCACAGGAAGAUCUUCGUUCAUGGGUUAAGUUGGGAUACCACUGCUGAAACCCUCACCGCUGAGUUCUCUAAAUAUGGGGAAAUUGAAGAUUGCAAAGCUGUUACCGAUAGGGUUUCUGGAAAAUCAAAAGGUUAUGCUUUUAUUCUAUUUAAGCAUCGGAGCGGGGCACGCCGGGCUUUGAAACAGCCCCAGAAGAAGAUUGGGAAUAGAACGACUUCUUGCCAGUUGGCUUCGCAAGGGCCGGUUCCGGCACCACCUCCGACUGCUCCGUCUGCUUCCGAGUAUACUCAAAGGAAGAUUUUUGUUAGCAAUGUGUCAGCUGAUUUGGACCCAGGGAAGUUGCUUUAUUUUUUUAAACAGUAUGGGGAAAUUGAGGAAGGUCCAUUGGGGCUUGAUAAGCAGACAGGGAAACCAAAGGGGUUUGCCUUUUUUGUAUACAGGUCGGUUGAGAGUGCCAUGAAAGCAUUAGAGGAGCCUCAUAAGAAUUUUGAAGGUCAUGUUUUGCAUUGCCAAAAAGCCAUUGAUGGACCGAAAUUGACUAAAGGUGGUAAUGGAGGCACUUCUGGUGGGCAUCAUCAGCAGUUCCACCAGCAUCAGAAAGGAGCACAUCAGAUUCAGUCUCAUUACCAUCAUGCUAAGAAGGGAAAGUAUUCAUCUGCUGGAUCUCAGACUGGUCAUUUGAUGGCUCCGUCUGGGCCUACUGCAGUGGGGUUCAGCCCUGGAGUUGCUGCUCAUGGGUUUAACCCUGCUGCUGCUGUACCUGCUUUAAACCCAGCGCUUGGACAGGCUUUGAAUGCAUUGCUUUCUGGCCAGGGAGGCUUAGGGCUUGGUAAUCUCCUUGGAGGGUUUGGUGGUGCCCCUGUCAACCAAGGGGCACCUGCUCCAGGGUAUGGGAAUCAGGUUGCUGGAGGCUAUGGAGUGCAAGGUGGGUAUCAAAACCCUCAGAUGGGUCAGGGUGGUGCUGGUAGGAAUCACCCCGGUGGUGGUGCACCCUACAUGGGACAUUAGGUGAGGCCUAAGAUACUCUCAUAGAUGAAUCAAUGAUUUAAUUUUCAACUAUGGUGAUUCUGAAGUUCCGGGCACUCAUGCAAACGUGGUCUUUAAAUUUGUACCCAAAAGUUGUUAUUGUUUGUCUACUAUAAAGAUCAGAAAUUUUAAACCUGUAUUUUCACUUUCAUUUUAGUUUUUGUACUCUCACCUUCACAUGUUUUUAAAAAGGUGUACCGUUUCAGUUCAAAUAUCUGUUUCUUGAAAAGUGCUGAGGAUUUCAUGCAGAUGCUACUAUGCCUUUUUCAUAUUUUCAAGUGAAUCAAACAAUGCCUUUUUCCGUACUGCUUUCUUUUUUGAACUUAAACUGACUGAUGGAUAAUGUUUUCCUAUGUGAAUAAGAAAGUUCUUAAUUUAGUUUUAUUGGCAACAUUUUGGGGUCAUUAUUACAUUUUCUUGAAUUGUGGUUUUGUAGAUUUAAUGAUGAUGGUAUUGUAUAAUUUGCAUGGAAUGUUGUUAGCUUGUUCGGUUUCUUUCCGGUGCAACCAGUUAGCUUAUGAAGUCAUUAACUACCCAUAUUGGGCAAGAUGAGAUUUUGGAAUUGCAGGUACAAAGGCUACAUGGUCCCUGACUGCUGCUUUCGUGCUUAACGUAACCCUUAACAGAAGCAUUUCCAGCUAUAUGCUGACCCCUACUCCCUUACCCUCUGUAUGAAACAUCUGUAUGUGUUUCAUUGGUUAAGAACCUUUGCCUUACAAUGGGAGUAAAUGGUGUUGUGAAAUGGUGCCUUUGUGUUCAUCAACAUAUUCUUUUGUGAUGGAAUCAGUUGUGUUGGUGUUUUGAGAUGUUGGUCCUGGAUAUUAUUUAUUUAUUUUGCAUAAUAACCUGCUGUUUAUCUGUCAUAAAAACAUAUGAAAUAUAUUGUUAGGAUAUCGCCACUGGACAUUGAAACCUCCUCUCCUGUCUUAGUAGAAAUUGGGAAAUUUUUGUUGAUGGUGGCAGGCAAGACAUAAGCAUCUUCCUCCAAAGUU